UGCAUUGUGUGAUUUCCACCUGAGCUAAAGUGAAUUACAUGUCACAUCUGAGAGUGAAUAACUUCACAUUUAUUCCUCUUUAUCUUCGGAAAUCUCCCGGAUUGUUGCUCUUGUUUGGCGGUGUUGGUUUCUGGGCACGGGCUCGCUGCUGUCUCUAGCCUCCCAGCCUGGUGCCUGGGCUUUUAGAUUUUGGUGAAGAUGGAUCCAGAGUAUGAACAUCGCCUCCUCCGACAAAUCAACAUUCAAAACGACAACCUGAGCCCCGUUAAACUGACCCAGAGUCUGCCCAGUCGGACUCCCAGCGGCUCCCCGUUGUCUUCACCCAGCAAACUGGGAGACAGAUUCAUUCCCACCAGAGCGGGGGCAAACUGGAACAUCAACUUCCACAGAAUCAAUGAAAAUGAGAAGUCACCGACUCAGAACAGAAAAACAAAGGAUGCGUCCUCAGACAACAUCAAAGCAGACGGGCUGGCCUACUCUGCUCUGCUGAAGAACGAGCUGCUGGGAGCGGGAAUAGAGAAGAUCCAGGACCCUCAGACCGAAGACAGGCGACUGCAGCCGUCAACCCCAGAGAAGAGAAGUCUCUUUAAUUAUUCACUAAACACCAAGAGGUCUUCACCGGACGACAGCACGAACAUCUCCCCCUACUCCCUCUCACCUGUCAGCAACAAAAGUCAGAAGCUGCUGCGUUCGCCGAGGAAGCCAACUCGAAAGAUCUCAAAGAUCCCGUUUAAAGUCCUGGACGCUCCGGAGCUGCAGGACGACUUCUACCUGAACCUGGUGGACUGGUCGUCUCUGAACGUGCUCAGCGUGGGGCUGGGGACCUGCGUGUACCUGUGGAGCGCCUGCACCAGCCAGGUAACACGGUUGUGUGAUCUGUCGGUGGAGGGAGACUCAGUCACGUCCGUUGGCUGGUCCGAAAGGGGGAACCUGGUGGCGGUGGGGACUCACAAAGGCUUCGUUCAGAUCUGGGAUGCCGGCGCUGGGAAGAAACUCUUCGCCCUGGAAGGACACACGGCGAGAGUCGGAGCGUUAGCCUGGAACGCAGACCAGUUGUCUUCGGGGAGCCGUGACCGUAUGAUCCUGCAGAGAGACAUGCGGACCCCCCCCCUGCAGUCAGAGCGGCGUCUACAGGGUCACAGACAGGAAGUGUGCGGCUUAAAGUGGAGCACCGACCAUCAGCUGCUCGCAUCGGGGGGCAACGACAACAAGCUGCUGGUGUGGAACCACUCGUCCCUGAGCCCGGUGCAGACCUACACGGACCACCUGGCUGCAGUGAAGGCUAUCGCCUGGUCGCCCCACCAGCACGGGCUGCUGGCCUCCGGGGGGGGCACCGCCGACCGCUGCAUCCGCUUCUGGAACACGCUGACCUCCCAGCCGCUGCAGUGCAUGGACACCAGCUCUCAGGUCUGCAACCUGGCCUGGUCCAAGCACGCCAACGAGCUGGUGAGCACUCACGGCUACUCUCAGAAUCAGAUCUUGGUGUGGAAAUAUCCGGCGCUCACUCAGGUCGCCAAACUCACAGGACACUCCUACAGAGUGCUCUACCUGGCCAUGUCCCCGGACGGUGAGGCGAUCGUGACGGGAGCGGGAGACGAGACGCUGCGCUUCUGGAACGUGUUCAGUAAAAGCAGGUCAACUAAGGAAUCUGUUUCAGUUUUAAAUCUCUUCACCCGGAUACGGUAACUUUAAGGAAAUAUAAAAACUCUUGGACUCUAGUUGGAGUGGAUCCUGUCGGUUCCUCCUCACGGUGCUGAGAACAGAGAACACUACAGGCUUCUUGUUCCACAGAAAACAUGGCGACAAGAACAACCGGGCACUUUUUUCAUGUGAACAGUUGUUAGGGAAACUCUUUUUUUCCUUUUUGUGCUCUCAUUCUGAAUGUAGUCAUUUUAUUAAAAGAAAUGUGUAUAAGUGAGUUGAAUUUCCAUUUGUGUAAAAAAAGGCCUUACUUGUGUUGAAACAUGGAGAGAGCAUUACUAGUUUUUAUUUAACUCAGGUCUUAUUUAUUUAACGCUGCAAUUUAGAAAAUGCCAUUACAUAUUAUGACUAAAACACGAUCACCUACCAAGGCCUUUGCAUUACGUGCACCAUGUUUACUGUGAUCCUCAGAGGACUCGCAGUGAUUGGCUGAAAUAAUGGACAGAAAGUCUAAUGCUGGGCAUCGAGACGUACUGUAAUCUGUAUACUGAUUCUUUCUUGUAAAGGAAGAAAUAAAACCAUGAUGCAAAUGAACAA